CUCACUCGCUCUCUGUUCAUUUUUUUUUUGCCUCCUUCAUUUCCCCCCAGGGGUUCGUUCUUUCGCCUUUCUCUUCUCUUUCUUCUUUGUCGCUACCAAAUGUGAAGGAGCUGCUGGGUAGAGCAUGAACUGAAGCCCUAGGGUUUCUUUUUCUUCUCCCCCUCCCCCAAAUCAAUCAAUCAGUCAGUCAAUCAGAUCUUCCGUCCAGCUCACUCUUGCAUAUAUUUUACCCCUUCAUUCGUAUUCCUUCCAUGGCUAAAACCAGGCCAGGCCUCGCCUCCAGCAACUCCAAGCCCAAAGGUACUGCCAGUGCUGCUGGUGCUGGCAAGAAGGAGCUCGACUCCUACACCAUUCGCGGCACCACCAAAGUCGUCAAAGUGGGCGACUGCGUGCUGAUGAGACCUUCCGACACCGGGAAGCCGCCUUACGUUGCCAGAAUCGAGGGCAUCGAUUCCGACUCCAGAAAUAAUGUCAAGGUCCGGGUCAGGUGGUACUACCGCCCCGAGGAGUCUCUCGGAGGCCGCCGUCAGUUCCAUGGCGCCAAAGAGCUCUUUCUCUCCGACCACCACGAUGUCCAGAGCGCACACACCAUCGAGGGGAAAUGUACUGUUCACUCGUUUAAGAACUAUACCAAACUCGAGAAUGUUGGUGCCGAGGACUACUUCUGCAGGUUCGAGUAUAAGGCUGCUACUGGAGGCUUCACCCCGGACCGUGUUGCUGUGUACUGCAAAUGUGAGAUGCCGUAUAACCCGGAUGACCUUAUGGUCCAAUGUGAGGAGUGCAAGGACUGGUAUCAUCCAGCUUGUGUGGGAAUGACAAUUGAGGAAGCUAAGAAAUUGGAUCACUUUGUUUGCUCUGAAUGUUCUCCUGACGACGAUGUCAAAAGACCACAGAAUGGGUUUUCAACAUCACCAACAGCUGAUGUCAAGAGUCUACCUAUCCACGGCUCCCUCUUAUAUGUGAAGCUGCUGUGAUAUCUGUAUCCGAGCUUCGGGGGACUGUUUGUUUUCUCGGGGAUCCUCUUGUCAUUUGUCCUUCUGCAUCGGGUCUAUGAGUUUUACUGUUAUUGGAAACUUCAGGGUUUUUUUAUGUUUAGGAAAAAAAUAUUUGAUUCUCAGGGAACACAUUCGACAAAAACAAUCAGUGAGGUUAGUGGGACUGGGAGAAAGCCAUGGAAUCAGAAGGGAUCUGGAAGAGCUAGGCAUGGAACGCUGCGUGGACCUCAAUUCAGAGGUGGCUUGUGUUAUGCAUGGCCCCAAGCCACGAAGCCACGCCUUAAACUAAAUAAGCAGGUCAGGGCGUUUAGGGUUGAAGAUUGCGUUGACAGCCACGCGCAGCAGAAGGAAAAGCUUCUUGUGUUUGAGGAUUUGGAGGUUCCUACACACAAAACCAAGAAUAUCGUCACUAUGUCCAGCAGAUGGAGAAUGCCAAGAAACUGCUGCUGGUUGAUGGUUGUUCCAUCAAUGAAAAAACUGAAGCUGGCUACACAAAAUAUACAUUAUGUCAAUGUGCUACCUUCAAUUGGAUUGAAUGUCUACAGCAUACUGCAACAUGACACAUGAGUGAUGUCCCAGUGCUGCGGUGAACGGAAUUGUAGAUCGAAUGCACACGCCAAUCAAACCGCUAACUUCUGCAAUGCUGUUUGUGGAAGGAAACCUGUUCUUUUUCCUAUAGGCGAGGGAAAAUCAUAGGCCAAAGCAAAUAAGAUGUCCAUCUGUCAGUGUUUUUUGGGUGCUCCAGCUUGGAACCGUGAUAAGGCUAGAAUGUGGUAUUGAUGUAAGCAAAGGUGCUUUCAGUCGUACUAGAUUAAUGCGGUUGAAACUUGAAGAAACCAAUGGUGCUGUCCUAAACCUGUGGCUUUGUAUGCUCAUCUUCAUUGUUGAUCGCUUUGCAAGAAUAUUAGGAUUUAAUGAGCAUUUUCCAGUAAUACCAUGGCAGAAACGUUUUCUGGC